AUGCAGGAGGCAGCGGAGCAGGAGCGAUACGCACGGUCGGCCAAACAGCUGUCCAGGGAGGAGGUGGUGAAGGUUUUCGAUGAGCACGAGCGUCGUUGGUCCAGGUUGUCGACGUUGGAUCUGCUCACUUGGUACUCGUUCCCAUGGCCGAUGUUACAGCGGGCAAAUAGUCCGGAGGAGUUGACUGUGCAGGCAAUGCAUGCAUACGUCUUGUCGCCGCAUCAUCCCAACGAAAAGAACAAGUCGGCCAAGGAUCUCAUCAAGGACUACAUCAAACGAUGGCAUCCUGAUCGAUUCGAGACCAAGUACUUGCCGAAGGUGCGCGAGGACGAUCGAGAGAAAGUCAAAGAGGGUGCUGGAGUUGUUGCACGAAACCUCAAUGAAUUGUUGACUCGACAGUCAUCGGCGCUCCAUGAUUUCGCGACAUGA